UCAGUGCUGCAUCAUGGUGCCACUCUGUUGGUUCAUAUCGUUGUUCUGCUUUUCUGCCAGUGCAGAGAACAUUGUGCUGAGCAGAGAGUCUGGUGAGAAUGUCACCUUGAAGUGUUUCUCUGCAGGAUGUCUCAGCAUCAAUGAAGGGUAUGGGAUGUAUCUGUAUCAUGAUUUCAGCAGCAAGGAAGAGGUGUUUUACUAUUAUUCCAGUGGAUCAAAUGAAAAAAUCACCCCGCGAGAGAGAUAUAAAAACAGAAUUCAGACAAAUGGAUCUCUGGAGAACCACACGGUCACCAUCACUGACCUAACAGUGGAUGACUCUGGUAUCUACAGCUGUGUCUACAAAGAUGUCACAACUGUCCAUUGCAAUGUCUACACACUUUGUGUAAGAGAAGUGGCACCAUGCUUCAGAUCAGUAGAAAUGCCUUGUAUCCCAUCCAGUGAGAAAACUCUACCUCUGGGGUUAAUCAUCAUUGCUACCUUUGCCAUCAGCACACUGGUAAACACGAUCUUCAUCCUGAUAAUUGUCCCAAGGGUUAAACAAAGGACUAGCAGGAGACAAACAACAAGGGUCCCACAGGUCACCAAUGAUAAUAUGUAUGAAGUUAUGCAUACCUUCCACCCUCUGGCAGCUUCAGAGCCGUCACUGCCAUAGCCCCCCUUGGCUCGGUGGCCAUCGUCCUCUUGAGAGCUGGUUUACUCUUUUGACUGUUAGUUGCUUGACUUUGACUGCUUUUUUAGUGAUGUUAAUUAACAGACAUGACACAAAAUGUAUUGUAAUGAUACUUUUACAACAAUUUAGGAUCUCAUCUUACUAAAAUAGUGUGGUCUGGUGCAGAUAUUUUCUGAAAGUUGUGUGGGACAGGUAUGAAAAAAGGAUGUUUGUAUGGGUGUCUUGCAUUUCUAAAUGUAGAGUUCUCACAUAAUAAGUUAAUACAAAUCUAAUACAAAUAAUUAUCUUUUUAAAAGUUUUUUGCAAAAAUGUUGCAAAAGCAAAGCAUUGUCUGGUUAACCAGACAAUGAUGCAACAUUUGUGCUGUAGAAUGAAAACAUCAUACUGAUAUUUGUAAAGCGUUGUCUUAAAUGAUUUCACAAGUUCUGCUGUUGUAUUGGAGCACGCAUACGGGUUUGUAGGACAUUCAAUAAAAGCAAAACAGAUGAA